UCCAAAGGAACUUUCCCCCGACAAUUGUUUUGUCUCAACUUCAACAACGUCGCGGGAGCUCUGCGAACCCUAACUUGUUCAGAUCAGGAGGAAGAAGAAGUUCAACUUAGCACGCCCAUGGAUUCUGCAGCUCGUAGGGGCGGAGGAGGCCUCCUUGAAGGGCUUUAUAGAGUAAUCAUGCGCCGGAAUUCCGUUUAUGUCACCUUUAUAAUCGCCGGCGCUUUUGUUGGAGAGCGGGCUGUGGAUUAUGGAGUUCACAAGCUAUGGGAAUACAAUAAUGUUGGGAAACGGUACGAAGACAUUUCAGUUUUGGGGCAAAGACCAUCGGAAGAAUGAUAGUCUCCUUGAUGAUUUGAUAAUCACCAUUUUAUUGUGUUAAACAACUAGUCAUCUGACUUAUUAAUAAGUUUUACGUCGGAUUUUGCCCACCUUAUUUCUUGAGCAUUGUGGGUCUUUCAAUGUUGUUUCAUGUUUCUCCGGUUCAUCUAUGAAAAUUACCCAUCAAAGGUUCCUGUUUUGACAGGUUAUAUUACAUAUGAGUGGAGACUACAACAUUUCUGGGUCGAUUUUAUUUUCAUAAACAUAGAGAUGAACUAUUAAA